AAGCCCUAAUUCACCUACUCCGACCGAGGCUCUUCUUCUCCGACCAAACGAAGAAGAUUUCAGACAGAUGCCAGUAACCCUUUUGAUGACUGGAGAUAGCUGCAGCUUAGUGUCUAAGGAAACGAGUCUCCCUUUGUGUGAUAUGACUAUUGUUCCAAGCAAGAGAGGACUAUCUUCGAUUCUGGGUGACUUUCUUUUGAAAUGUGGAGAUGAUUCUGGUAAGACCGUUCCUCGUGAAGGCUCAGGGGUGAAGUUUUCGAAGAGGUUGUGUUUAGUUGUAGACGACUUGGUCAAGGAGAGUACUAGGAGUACCGAUACAAACAAUGACUCCUCUUCUGAUGGUGGUGAUAAGAUUAGUUUCGGUGGUUCAAUUGUUGUUGAUGCGGAUUCUGAGAAUUUAAAGGAGUCUCAGGGUGAAACCAAUGCUGGAGUUGGUGAUGCUGUGGUGGAACUUAGUGAGAGAGAGUGUGACAAGGACUCGAAAGACUUGAAGGAGACUUUGUACAGUAGCAGCAACAAUAGAGAAAGUGAUGGCGUGUCGGCGAUGGUGGUUAAUGAAGGAACGGGUUUGUUGCCUGUUGAGAGUUUGGAGAUUGUAAACCACGAUAUGGAAGCUGAUGAUGAGCUUAGAUCUUGCUCUUGUUCUUUUUGCCUCAAAGCUGCAUAUAUCUGGUCUGAUCUUAACUACCAGGAUAUCAAAGGUCGAUUGUCUGUGCUGAAGAAGAGCCAGAAAGAAGCAACUAGCCUGAUCCAAAGGAAUGGUAAAGGAGAGCCAACUAGUGUAGAGUUUGAUGAUGUCAUGGGUCAAUGGACAACUCUCUUUCUUAACAUGGAUGGCAUCUUGGCUCGUGAAAGCACCCGCCUUCAGGAUAGCUUCGUAGCCAUGAAAGAGCUUAGAGAAAACUGCAAGAUUGAUCUGGAAAGAGCCACGAAAACACCUCAACACAACAACAUUUAGGUACUGUUGUACUUUAAUAUUAGUGGAUGUUGCAAUGCUCUCUAACCUUUCUUUAUAUCUGAAGGAACUCAUGUAUGUAUUAUAAUUUAUAACUUAUAUUGUUAUUCAUUUGAUUA